UAGUGCUUUAAUUUUUUUCUCAUAUUAACUCAAUAGGUUGCGGCCAUUUAGACCUUUUCAUGUAUAACUGUACCAAUGCAACGUUGUCUGCAGUGUUUCUGUCACGCUGCAGCUCUGUGAGCAAUGUAUCCACCGACCGUCUACGAACAUCUCAGUUGAUCUCGUCCUUGUCCACAUGAAGACCAAAAAAGAAGGUAGCCGGUCGAACGUCUGACCGGGAGGAGGAGCCGAGGGGCCGAGGGGCCGAGGGUUCGAGGGUUCGAGGGUUCGAGGGUUCGAGGGGCCGAGGGGCCGAGGGUUCGGAGGACAGGACAUCCGCAUUCUUCAACCGCCAGUGAGCCUCAGGCCGAGAGCACCGCGCAGCACGGACAGCCCGCACAUCUCUCAGGAGCUGAGCUGACGACGGUUCUAGAAGCCGCCCCGCUGGGCAAUAUAAAAAAUCUUCAGGUUCGCAGCCCAAAAGGAGAAGCUUAAAUUAGGAAGCAGUACACCCACAUGUGACCCGGGCUUCUGUAGAAGCUGAUGAUGUCAUCCAGGGACCUUUUCUAUUUCCACAGAAAGGGUUUGGAGGAUCAUGCACAAUUUGAAGUUGGACUGACACGGGAGUGAAGCAAAGCAACAUGGCGGUCUUCAAGCCUGAAAAUGUCGAAGACUUCUAUGAGAUCGGGGAAGUUCUGGGAAGUGGGCACUUUGGACAGGUUCGACAGGUUCGGGAGCGAUCCACUGGGAUUUAUUGGGCGGGCAAGUUCCUGAAGAUUCGGAAGAACACAUGCAGCCGCCUAGGCCUGGUCAGGAGCUGUGUGGAGAAGGAGGUGGAGAUCCUCCAGGCUGUACAACAUCCAAACAUUGUGACUCUCAAAGAUGUUUUUGAGAGCCGAGCUGAGGUGGUGCUCAUUCUGGAGCUUGUUAGUGGAGGGGAGCUGUUUGACUUCAUUGCUGCGAAGGAGAACCUGCUGGAGAGCGAGGCCAUUGAGUUCAUGACCCAGAUCCUGGAGGGACUGGGCUUUAUGCACAGCAAGAACAUCGGCCACUUUGACCUGAAGCCAGAGAACAUCAUGCUGUCAGACAAAGUGGCUGCUCAGCCCAACAUCAAACUCAUCGACUUUGGACUGGCCCACCAUUUUCAUCAAGGGGAGGAGUACAAAAGCACAAGUGGCACCCCACAGUACAUCGCCCCUGAGGUGAUCAACAGUGAACCUCUGAGCACAGCAGCAGAUAUGUGGAGCAUUGCGGUUAUUACCUACAUACUAUUAAGUGGUUUGUCGCCAUUCCAAGGUGAGACUGAUGAGGAGACUCUGAGGAAUAUCAGUAUCAUGAACUACGCGUUCCCUGCACAGUAUUUCAGCACGACCAGCUCCAUGGUCAAAGACUUCAUCCAGAAACUCCUGGUGAAAAUCCCCAGUGAAAGAAUGACAGCUGAGGAGUGUCUGCUUCAUCCCUGGAUUAAGCCCAUCACACGCACACAGGUGGCCAAUAGGAAUCGAUCCUCAAUCAAUAUGAAGAACUUUAAGAAGUUCAACGCAAGAAGAAAAUGGAAGAUGUCCUACAACAUGGUGUGGAUGUGUAACCGGCUGGUCCAGUUGAAACUGCUGCGGAAGGGCAGCUCAGAUCCAGAUCCUCCACAGAGACAAUGUGAAAGCGACGUAGAGGACACAGAAAGCAAGCCUGCCUCUCUGCUACGUCGAAGACUCAGCAGCAGUUCAUAGAGCGGAGCAGAGGAAGGUAGACGACUCCAGGAUGUUCAGCAGGAGGAGAGUAUUGGUGAAGGGGAAUGUUCAAGUGGAACAGACUGUUACUGUCUCAGCAGGGCCUGGGAUGGUAGUGUCAAAUGAGUGAGCACUGCCUCGUCUACAUACAGUGAAACCUUUUGGCUGCUCUCAGAUCAUCGUUACUGAGGAUACAUUCCUUUAAUGUAGUGCACAAUGUAUUUGAGUUGUUGCUGAUUUUGGGAAACUCUUUGAUAACACAGUGUGCAUAGAAAAUGCAUUGUGUUAUCAAAGAGAAUUACAAAAUAUGUGUAUCUGUGAUAAUACUAAUACUAUGAUAGAGAACAUGAGGAACAGUAACAAGUGUAUCCAAGUGAGAACAUUGAUGAAAAGACAAAGCUCCCAAUAUUCACUUCUGAAUUGUACCUCGCAACACAUUUAAAUAGAGCUACUGUUGUCCGUCAGUAUGUAGUCAAUGCAUAUUGUACAAAAACACAAACCACUGAUCAUUUUUCACAGUGGAGAAGAUGCAAUAUUUGUAUCAGUACUUCCAACAAUAUGUCUUGUUAGAUGUCUUGUACUCAUUUAAUCAUAUUACUUGUCUUGUGAUGUAUCAUUUUAAAAUGGCACAAUCAUACAUGUGUUGUAAACAACCUCAUUAUACUUUUAUAUUAUAUACUUAACAUCCUCAUGUGUGCAUACGUAUGUUGGUUGAAAUCACCUGUAUUUGUCUGUUGUCUGUAUUUGUCAUCUCAUUCAGUUGAUACAUUUGACAAAGCAAAUUGCAUUAAAUCUACAACAAUUAAACUGCUUUGACUUUUA